AUCAUUACAAAGAGCGACCGAACAGCAAAGUCUAGUUUAGGGUUCUUCCGCAGCGCAACUCGACUUCUCCUGGAUCUCGCUGUUCGAACACGGAUUCCCUCAAUCGAUUAGCCGCAGCAGCAAUUGGUAGGAAGCACGGCAUCCUAAAAACCCUUGCGCUCUUCAUGCAUGGAAACCCUGUUGCGUUUCGCGGCGGGAGACGCCGCCGACUCUCUGCUGUGGCAGCCGAAGCCCGCAGUUUGGUGCACUCCUCAACCGAAGAGGAAGAGGACGUUAUUGAAGAACCCUCCUCGUCAGAAGAAUCCCAUCAGGAUCCCACCUUUGCUGGUGAAAUACUCCAAGUGAACUUCUUUAAUGCAGAAAAAACCACCCAGGAUCCCUUCUUUGUCGAUGAAUCUCUGCAUUUGAAGUUCUGUAAGGCAGUGCUUAGGUUCUCCAGGUCCAGCGGCCGCGCUUCAGUCCAGGAGCUCAGAGCGAGACCCGCCCGAUGCCGCACCGCAUCGUACAACAUGCUUAUGACGGCCAUUGCGGAAAUCGGUGAUGUGGAGGAUCUUCUCAGGUUGUUCCAAGAGAUGAAACGGGGCAAAUGCAAACCUAACGUUCUCUGCUACAACACCGUGAUCAAUGCUUUGGUAGAAGCAGGUCGCUUGGAAGAAGCACGGGCUACCUACGAGGAGAUGUUCUGUUUAGGAAUCAGAUGCAAUUUAUCCUCCUACAAUAUCCUGAUGAGGAUGCACGCUUGCUGCAGCAAAGACUUUGAUUCGGCAUACAAAGUCAUUCUUAUAAUGAAGAAAGAUGGAAUUUGUCCUGAUGUCACCACCUACUCGAUAUUGAUCACAGGGCUUUGCUCCGAUGGGAGGAUUGAAGAGGCAUGGGGAGUAUUGGACAGGAUGCUUGAGGAGAAAUGUCAACCCACCAUCCGUACAUUUAUACCUAUUGUACAAGGUUACUGUUCUGAAGGUAAAAUUAAAGAGGCUAAAAGAUUGAUGGCUACUAUGGAGAAUGUUGGAUGCUCUCCAGAAACAAUGACCUAUAACAUACUGAUUCAUGCUCUUUGCAAGGCAUCAAAGUUUGAUGAGGUUGAGGAGAUUUUGGUAGAGAGUGACUGCAAAGGUUGGAGGCCUAGUGAAAUAACUUACAACACAUACAUGGAUGGACUCUGCAAGAGUGGCAAGACCAAGGAAGCAUUCAAGCAAUUGGAAAACAUGUUGAUGAUUGGGUUAUAUCCAACAGAGUACACUUUGAAUAUCCUUCUCAAUUGCCUUUGUUAUGAUUCUAAGGAGGUUUUGGUGGCAAAGUGUUUAAUAGAGAGGAGCUUUGAGUUGAAAUGGGAUGUCACUGUUGUUGACUACAAUACUGUGAUGAGUAGACUCUGUGAUGCAGGGUACUGGGUUGGUGUACUUAAGCUCUUUAAUGACAUGAUAAAAAAGGGCAUUACGCCUAAUCUUCGAACAUUCAACAUUGUGAUACAUAGCCUGUGCAUUGGAGGAAAAUUUCACAAAGCUAGCUGUCUUAUGAACAGUGGAGAUUUUAUUGGAAACGUGGUGACUUAUAAUACUCUAAUUCAUUGGUUUUAUCUUGAUGGAAAUAUAAAUGAGGCUCAACAUGCUAUUGCUUCUAUGAGUGCUAAAAAUAUUAUGCUUGAUGAAAUUACCUACGGUACCAUUGUUGAUGGGCUUUGUAGAUCAGGGAAGUUUUUAGAGGCUAUUGAUUUCUUUCACAUGUCUCUGGAACAUAAAUUCUCAUCUGAUCUUCUUCUCCGUCUAAUUUAUAGGCUAGUUAAGAAUAGAGGGCUGAAGGAAUUGCUAAAGUUAUUUACAGGAAUUGAGAAAAGAGGGCUGUUUCUUGAUGGUCUCAUUUUUGAUUCAUUGAUCAAAGCCUUUUGCAAUCAAGGUGUUUGUCAAAGCAUUGAUAUGCCAAGUGUCUGCAUUAUUCUGGAUAAAAUGCUUGUUAGGAGAUAAUUUGAUCCCAGCUGAUGCUUUGGCAAACUUGAGCAGUGAUGAUCUUCAAGACCUGAACUCAAGUCAGAUGACAAAUGGCUUGUGUGAGGAUGCGAUAAGCAAGUAUACAGUGCAGAAAGGAUUAAAAUUUGUAUAGUUUCUUACUCUCUGCCGAGGAAAUGUGUAUUCUGGUCAUAGUACACAAAGUAUAAACAAUGAUUUAUAACUCCAUGAUUCUCACAUUAACUUUCUAUGCUUCAUCUUUUGGGAAGCUUGAAAAUCA